AUGGCUAAGGACGGGGUUUUCAACUGGACGGUUAUCGUACUGACUUGUCAGCAUAAAGACAGUGUCUAUUCUUUCCAGAGGGAGCUGGAGGUGCGCCAGCAGCGUGGAACUAUUCCAUCAGGAACUCUUCUGCUCGUUGUGUCAGACCCUCAGGAACGUUUGGGCAGUGGAGGAGCCACUCUUAACGCCCUGUUAGUGGCUGCAGAACACCUCAGUGCCAGAGCUGGGCAUACAGUGGUGACUGCAGAUGUCCUGGAUGAUGCUCGCAUUCUCAUCUUGCACACGGGAAGAGACUUCCCCUGGGAUGGGUGUAGCAGGGCAUUUUGCUGGAUGCCAAUUACAGGACCUAAGGGGACAGUUGAGGGUCCUGUCUGUUGCCUAGAUAUACUCCUGGAGUGCCUCUCAAGCAAGAUCUGUCCUGGCUCUCCUCCAGGAGUAUGGGUGUGCAGCACUGACAUGAUCUUAACACUCCAUAGCACACCUGAGAUGUCAUGGGAGGGAUUUUCUGGAGUCCGUGUCUUGGCACUGCCUGGUGAUGUACCUUACGCUGUGAGCCAUGGAGUGUAUAUCACUGAUGGACAGGGAGGGGUGCGUAAUAUCAUCUACAAAGGCUCAGAAGAAAGGAUCCGUCAAGCUGUUCUGCCUGAUGGAAAAGUGCCACUGGUGUCAGGACCAGUGUUCUUGUGUAAAGUGGUGUCAGAACGUCUCCUUCAAACACAUGUCACUCCUCCACUGGAUGGAUGUACUUACCUGGGUAUGGACUCUGGAGCCCCUUCUCUGCAGAUUUCUCUUUUCUUGGAUAUAUUGAUGUGCCUUUGCACGGACGUGAGUGAGGCUCAGUUUGUAAACGAGGAGCGUCCAGGCUGCAGUUCCCCUGUUGGACCACAGGGGGUCACUGUGAGAAAUGCGCGAUCUGUGUUAUGGAGGACACUGAGAGGGACUCCUCUCACCAUGGUUUACAUUCCGGAUGGUUGCUAUGACUAUCUGACCCUGUCAGGCUGGGAGCACAUUAAACGUCUUGCAGAAAAAGGGAGACAACGAGACACUCUCUCUCAUAUUCAAAAUGGCCAGUGUGUGAGUUCAGGUGGCCGAGUAAUCAACAGUGUGUUGGAAGGAGACGUUAGCGUGGCAGAGGGAGCAAUAAUUCAACACUGCCACCUUCAGGGACCACUCCAAGUGAAUUCUGGAUGCUUAUUCUCAGGCUUAGAGAACACCUCAUCCUACAUUCAUCAGUUGCCUCUAACCAAAGACAUCAUCAUCCAGGGACAUCGUGUGCAGCUUGGAGAGCUGAAAUUAACUGUCUUCACAGUGCUGGGGGCCCAUGACAAUCUAGAAGUCCGCAGUGAAGAUGCCAGUGCCACAUUCCUCAAUCAAAAAUGGACGGAAUUCUACAGCUGUACAGGGAUUCGACCUGAAGAGCUGUGGGCAUCUUGGAAAAGUGAGUGUAGCACAGCUCCUUGUCUUUUAGAUGCCCGUCUCUUCCCAGUGUUCCAGCCACAAGGGGGUGCUGCAGGUCUGGAAGGGGUUUGCUGGCUCCUGGGAGGGCAAGGAUCACUAGAAAGCUGGAGGAGCGCUUGGAGGCUCUCCCUGAGGGAGGUACUGGCUCUCACAGACCAGGACGGGGAGCUACGCCGGAGGGAAGAAUUGUUCUUUGAGGCAGCACGGAGGAGAGUGUCAGACACGUUGAAGGGUCACUUAGACUUCAGCCUCUUGCCAAGCAUCAGAGCAGCAGUGCUGGGUGGCCAGCAAGAAAAACUCCUCCGCAUGCUAGACUCUGUUGCAGCAGGGAGCAGUGAGGAUCUGGGAGUGGCUGCGCGCACUUUGGCCAGUAUAGCUGACGUGCUGGGCUGUCUUGCUGGAGAGGGUAGUGGGGGUCUGAGGAGUGGUCCUGCUGCUAAUCCUGCCUGGGCUCCAGCCUUUAGCCUUCUGAAAGAGGGCAAACUGGAGGCUGGCAUACACGCUCUUGCCAGUGAGAGACUCAAGUGGCUGAGCAGGCCAGAUCUUCUGGUACGUGCCGCAAGGCAUUAUGAAGGGGCGGGGCAGAUACUGCUGCGGCAGGCAGUGAUGUCAGCCCAGAAAUUUGUAUUUAUCGGUCAGGGCAUAAUGCCCCCUAUGGGGGAAUGGCAGGAGGUGGAGUGCCCUGCUAGACUGGACCUUUCAGGUGGCUGGAGUGAUACCCCUCCCAUCGCAUUUGAACAUGGAGGGACGGUGGUGAAUGUGGCUGUAAAGGUGGAUGGGAAGCGGCCAAUUGGAGCCAAGGUCCGCCGUAUUCCAGAAUGUCGUCUAGUUUUGGUCAGUUCCAGUGGGGCACCAGACUGCACAGUCACUAUGGAAACAGUGUGUGAAGUGCUGGAGGAUCUAGAGGACCACUGUCAACCCCAUGCUCCUGGUGCACUGCUGAAGGCUGUGUGUGUGUGCAGUGGUCUGGUUAGCCUCCCUUCUCAGCAGUCUCUGCAGGAACAGCUGUCACAGCGCUGGGGUGGAGGACUAGAGAUCCACAGCUGGUCCUUGUUGCCUCACGGUUCUGGUCUGGGUACGAGCAGUAUCCUGGCCGGGGCCGUCCUGGCUGCUGUAUACAGAUGCACUGGACAGACCUAUGACACGGACUCUCUCAUCCAUGCAGUACUGCACCUGGAGCAGACCUUGACCACAGGUGGUGGCUGGCAGGACCAGGUGGGUGGACUGGUGGGGGGAGUGAAGGUGGCUCGCUCCAAAGCAUGUCUGCCCCUCAGAGUGGAAGUGGAGCAUCUCUCGCUCUCCACAGACUUCCUGUCUACCUUACAACAGCACCUUUUACUGGUGUACACAGGCAAGACACGGCUGGCGCGUAACCUUCUUCAGGACGUGGUGCGAAGCUGGUAUGGUCGCCUGCCCUCCAUUGUGGAGAAUGCUGAGCAGCUAGUGUCCAAUGCAGAGGAAUGUGGUCUGGCAUUCAGAGAGGGUUCCCUCUGUAAACUAGGGCGUUGCCUUGACAACUACUGGAAACAGAAGAAAGUAAUGGCACCUGGGUGUGAGCCAGCGGCUGUGCGGAUCAUGAUGAAUGCCCUUCGACCUCUGACCUUAGGACAGAGCCUUACGGGGGCAGGAGGUGGAGGUUUCCUACUCUUACUGACCAAAGAAGCCCAGCAGGAGGAGACAGUGAGACAUGUUUUAAACAACACACAGUGCCUCGGGGACUUCAGCAUCCACACAGUGGAACUGGAUAUGGAAGGGAUCUGUCUCUCACAACCAUCAUGA